UGUUUUUUACCAAUCAAAAAGAGUUGGCAGCACUAGCACCUUGUGUUAUUUAAUGUUUACCACAACUUAAUUCACACAAUUACGGCCAAUAAACGGAUCAGAGAAUGCUGAAAACCCUUUCACGGUGGCGCCUGGGCAGCCAGCUGCUGCGAUCUGCCGCCCAAACAGUGCGACCUGCUUCGGAUGCCUCGGAAAACUCCUUCGCCGGGCCGGAGGAUCUCCCGAAGAAGUUCGUCAAUCCCUUUUCCAAGCCGGUACCGGCGGCUAGUGGGGCGAUAGAGGAGACCAAAGAGGACCGGGAGAAGCGGUUGAAGGUGCUGCAGCUGGAGGUGGACAUAGCGCACCAGGAGGGCCGCCGGGUGCCGGCUUUGAGCUUCAUGCAAGACCACCACUGGGAGCACGUGCUGACGCUGCCCACGAAGUCGGCGCGCAUCAAGUACUUCGCGUAUCUGUGGCAGAUCGAGAUGAAGAAAGAGUCGGAGCAGCGCAAGAGGGCCCAGCGGGCGGAGGACACCCAGCAGCGGCUGGCGGAGGUGCGGAAGGAGCGCGAGGAGAACACGCACAUUAUCUACGGCCUGGGCCACACGUCCAUGUUCCUGCGCAUCUACGACUCCACGAUCAAUCACUGGCAGAACAACCGGCUGACCAGAGCCAUGCAGUUCGCGCCCAAGAUCGUGAUGGACUGCUCCUACGACAGCCACAUGAAUCGCCGGGAGGCGACCUACGCCGCCAAGCAGCUGAUGCUGUGCUUCGCGGAGAACCGUCUCAACGACGAGCCCUUCGACCUGCACUUUUGCAACGCCCAGCUGGAGGGCUCGUGCAUGCAGGGCCUCAAGCGAUUCAUCCCCACCAUGCUGAAUCCAGAGUUCCCGAUGAACGUGCACACGCAGUGCUUCACAGAGCUGUUUCCCAAGCAAAAUCUGGUCUACCUGACGCCCCACUGCCGCGAGGAUCUGGUCACUUACAAUCCGGAUGACAUUUACAUCGUAGGCGCCAUGGUCGACACAAUGAACAACGAGCCCCUGUCGCUGGCCAAGGCCAAGCGAAUGGGUCUGCGCAUGGCGAGGUUGCCCCUGGAUCGCUACCUGCAAUGGGGCUCCGGAUCGGGCAAGUCCCUCACCCUCAACCAGAUGAUCAACAUUAUGCUGGACCUGAAGAAUACCGGCGACUGGGAGGCGGCGCUGAAGCAUGUGCCACGGCGCAAGGUGGUCCAGGGCUCUGAGUUCCAGCAGCGAAAGGAAAGAGACAGCUGGUCGGUGGGAACGCGGGCGAGGAAGCUCAACAUGCGAGUCGAUCACUUGCUGGACUACGUGGAUGACCGGCGGAAAGUAUCAUCUUUUGAGACGCCAAAGAAAUUAAGAGAGCGUCGGGAGGGCAUGGAGUUCCAACUGGACACCUGGGCGACGGGAAAGCAAAAGAAAAAGCAGAGAAACAAUUAAAGCUACACGUUAUUAUUGCA